AGCGGCGUUGGGUCCCGCCCGCCGCGGCCGGGCCGGGCCGUUGCCGCCAUGCCCCGGGACAACAUGGCCUCCCUGAUCCAGCGGGUGGCGCGGCAGGCACGCAUCACCUUCCGCAGCCCGGCGGGCCCUGCCUUCGGGGAGAACCUGCACCGCCUGCAGCAGCUGCUGGACGAGGUGCGCGCCGAGGACUUGCACUUGGCGCCGCGGGGGCCGUCGGCCGCGGCCGCGGCGGCGGCGGGCGGGGGUCCGCCGUGGGCUGGCGUGGUGCCUCCCGUCAGCUACAUGCACAUCUGCGAGACGGAGAGCUUCAGCAUGGGCGUGUUUCUGCUGCGGAGCGGUGCCUGCAUCCCGCUGCACGACCACCCGGGCAUGAACGGCAUGCUGAAGGUGCUGUACGGCACGCUGCGCAUCGCCUGCAUGGACACGCUGCCCGCCGGGGCCGCCGCCGUUCCGCCGCCCCCGGCUGCUGGCAGCGGGCCGUGCCUCCGCGCCCUUUUCCGCUCCCGCCAGCACUACACGCCCGCCUCGCCGCCCUGCUUGCUCUCGCCGCACACCGACAACCUUCACCAAAUCGACGCCGUGGACGGGCCUGCCGCCUUCCUUGACAUCCUGGCGCCGCCGUACGACCCCCAGCACGGCCGGGACUGCCACUACUACCGGCUGCUGGAGGGGCUGCCAGCGGACGUGGAGCCGCCCGCGCUGCCGCGGGAGGUGUGGCUGAUUGAGACCCCGCAGGCCGCCGACUUCUGGUGCGGAGGCGAGCCCUACCCUGGGCCUCGCGUCUGCCUCUGAGUCGCCGCCGGCGGCCCGUGCCGGGCGGCGGCCGCUAGGGACGAUGUGCGCUCGCCCCGCCGAGAGGGGAACACGCUGCUCGCCGCCCCCAGCCCGGCCGCCCCCUGGAGCCCACCGGACAGCACCACCGCGGGGACGCAGUGUGUGCGCCGAGUGCGCCGUGGGUCAGAGCCUUCCUCUGAUCUCGGGCUUCGUGAGUCGGGGAGAUAAAGCGCCAGAACAUCUUUAUGUGCUUAGGGCCGAAAUGCGUGAGCAGCGCGACUAAGCUGCUCAGCUGAAGGGUCGGGGAAAUAUUCCAGCAUCCUGUGUAAAUAGUUAGGGCCACGCAUCAGGGCGGGGAUUCAGGCUCCAAAGGGAAAGUAAAUGCAAUAAGAUUAGUCACAGGGUGCCCUGGCUUUUCCCAGUGGGUCUCCCACUUCCAAAGCCAGCUGACACCACAGGACCAGGGAACUGUACCUGAGUUUGGGAAGAGGGGUUGGUGUGGCUACAGCCUUCAAGAACUGUUUCCAGAGUGAUUCUCAAGAAGAGUUGUACCCUGCUAGUAAAAAACAAAUCCAGAACAACUCCUGAGCCAGGACACGCUUCUCCAGUAAAUACCAGUGAUCAGUCCCCAGGGCUGGAGUUAAGGAAAUUACUGCUCCAAAUGGAUGCUGUCAAGUUCAGAGUUACUUUUCAACAGUUUUUUAAUGUGUCAUAUACAAGAUCUUACUGUUGCAACUGAGAAUUACUGAGUGCAUCUAUGCAUACUUCCUUCAGCAAGAAGGAGACAGCUGCUAAUUAACCUUGCUUGGAACCUCUAAUGCAGCAGUGGCAGAAGGUGGCAGAAACUGGGCAUCAUAAGAGAAAAAACAACUAUCUACUCUUGCGGAAGCUAUUCUAGAAACACGGUGUAUUUGCAAACCCUCAGUAUACAGCAGUGCAUACCUUAGAUACUGAUAAGAUUUGACCUGAUGUCUUUAAAGUGUGGUCUGUGUUUUUAUAUGUGAACGCUUUAGGCUUUUGAAGCCUUGCAGUUUCCCUCUUUAUAGUAUUUAUAAAUACUACUUUUUCAUAAGGCUUUUAAAUAAAUGUAGAGUAGAAGAGACACCGUGAAUUUUGCCUUGCUAUGAUGGAAACAGUCUGGAGAUGCAGUUUGUCCACAGCAGGGGAUACAAUCUUUCUAACACAGGCUAAAGUUUCUCUACAAGUGAAAUGGCCCAGUGCUACAGGGACUGGUCUGGUGCCUGUUCAUCCUAAUGCACAUUUUGUACCACAAACCCAGGCCAGGGCAGCCUUGGACAUCUUAGUCAUGAUGUGAGAAGUUGAGUAAGAAACACAACUUAGCAACCUCCUAAGUGAGAUACCAACCUGCUCCAAAAAUCAUUUCACAACUGGCUUUACUUUUCUGUGUAUUUAUAAAAGCAGACUUGUUUUUCCUGUACAGUGUAUGUGUGAAUUUUUAAAUGAUUCUGAUAUGGCAGUGCUGGUUUUUUUUUUGUUUUGUUUUUUUGUUUUUUCCUGGCCUGCAUAAGAAUGAAUGCAAUACACAGUCAGCAUUAUGCAUGCAUGGAUAAAUUCUUUUGCAAGGAAAAAUUGGUAGAAAUUAUUUCAGGCGGUUUCCAUAUAUUCUUAGAGCAUUUAAAGGUGUCUGAUCUUUCUGCAGCUGGCUUACCUGUUUUUCUUGGAAUUCCCCUGCAGCUUAGCGUUAGUUAAUGUUUAACAAUUCUUGAUUGAAUGUAGUCAUUAAUUAUAAGGCAAUGCCUCCCUGUGUUACAGCCUGUUUCUACCUCUUUCCAAGCCUAAUGAAGACAGUUACUCUUUUUCAGAAGUCCACAAAGAAGACAGCAUAGUGGUGCAUGCAAACAGCUGUACUGGAAAAACAAACUGUGAGCAUUUUUUAUCCCAUUUACUCUAUCUUCCCCUUAGGUCUUUCUGCUGAGUUUUUAAUUUUUUUGCCCCAUGUGUAAAACCUAGUCAGGAUGUUUAGUGGGACAGUAUUUAAUGCGUCUUUCUGAAGAGGACAGCAUGGUCAUGCUGUGGAGUGCUGUUAACCAUGGCAAAAACAGGUUUUUUUACUUAGUUGUUUUUUUGUUGUUUUUUUGUUUUUUUUUUUAAUUAAGGUGUUAAUAUCAAAAUACUUAAAGCUGGAAACAUAGCAAAGAAAACCUGAGAUUCAUUUUUUUUAAAAACCUCUGUGUAACUUCUUUCUUACUCACUAAUUGAAACUUACUUCCUAUGUUCUAGAUAUCUGUUAGCAGAAGAUUUAAGUCUGUAAUGCCAUUCCUUCUCUCUGCAGUCUGGUUAUUGUGUUUUCACAACAGCAAAAUAACUGUUAUUGCUGAAUUGUAGAAUAAAUACAGGAUAUCUCACCA